AACAGAAGGGGGCCAUCAGCGCUCACGUGGUACCACCCAUUUCUGUUGUGCUGUGAUGUAGCUCGUCUGUCGCAAGAUAAGGUCCGAUAGCGUCAUAAAUUCGUCGUGCGGCUUUGGUACCCGCCCGGCAACAAAAGAAAUGUCUAAAGUCAAAGUAUAGCGACCGAGCGGUGCACACGCCGUUGAUGUUUUCGAAGAAACUGGGAAUUACUUGUGUGAUUGCUACCGUUUCAGCUGUAUUCGCGUCAUACUUCUUUCAGUAUUCCCAAGAUGACCCCGCUGACCCCCACAACACUGCCCCCGGAGCGCGGCUGGUCGUCGGCGUACUCUCGGGCCGUCGGCGGCGACAGCAGCGCGACGCCAUCAGAGACACCUGGUGGCCGCAGCUGGAAGCUGCAGGGGCCCGCGGGGUGUUUGUCGUGGGCGACUCGGACUGUCCACUCGCCGACCGCUGUCGGCUGGACCGGUACUCUUGCGAGCCAUGGAGACCGCCUCGCAAUGCGGUGGGCAGUCAGCAGCAGCUCCGUCUGACCCCGGGCCCUGUGCCACGACCACCUGCCGUCGGGAUUGCCUUCACCGUGCUCCGCGGCAUGGUGGCCCGCGCCGUGACGUCACCACUCCGCUCCGGUGACGUCACUCUGGAGACGGCCGACGGUCAGCCGGCGGCGGCCGCGGCGGUCGGCCGGUCGCCAGUGACGUCAGAGGCGGCCUCCAGUGACGUCAAGACCGCGCUGUCGCCGCUGCUGGUGCUGCCGGCUGGGUUCAUGGGCCGGCUGAGGGUGGUGUCUGGGCCCGGUGCGAUGGAGUGUCGGCAGACGGAGGUGCCGGAGCCGACCGAGCUGAGGGUGACGGCGCUGAUCACAGAGGACGGACGGCACGUGCGGCCCGGACUGGAGCCGCUCUGCUGGCCCGUGGCGCUCGUCUACACCGUUCACGACGACCCCUCGGCUGCCGACCCGUCACCGGCCCCGUCCAGCGGCCCGGCGCCCUCGGAUCCCCUCGAUGACCCUACGUGUCGCCGGACGGACGGGGACGCCGUGACCCGCUCACUGUCUGAGGAGGCCGCGAGGCACGGCGACCUGCUGCUAGUACCGGGGCCGGAUGUCUAUCGAAGGCUGCCAGAUAAACUCAUCAGCUUCCUCACUUGGGCCGCUGAGACAUCAGCCGAGUGGGUUAUCAAAUGUGACGACGAUGUGCUGUUGGAUAUACCGCGGAUACUGGAGAAUAUACCCCGUCACACGGAUGGGGGGCUCUGGUGGGGCCAGUUCAGGUACAACUGGCCGGCGGACCGGUACGGCAAGUGGGCCGAGCUGGAGUACCAGGCCGCCGUGUACCCGCCGUUCGCCUGCGGUACGGCCAGCAUACUCUCUGCGGACGUCGUCCGGUGGCUGGCGCGGAACCGAGCAGAGCUCACCAGGUUCCAGGGCGAGGACGUGUCACUGGGUAUCUGGCUGGCCGGUCACCGCGUCCGGCGCCUCUCUGACCCCGGCUGGGCCUGCGGAGACGCAGAGCGCGCCGCCUACAGUCGCGGACAGCUCGGUCCGGCGCGACUGCGGCGAGUGUGGCGCUGUCUGCGCCGCGCCGGACGGCUGGAGCUCUGUGGGGAGGAGGGAGAGGAGCGGAUGAAAGAUGAGGAAAGAGGAACACGGAUGAGGGAGGAAGAGAGCAGUGGGAGAGGUGGUCUAGAAGCAUGAGGCAUGAAUCUCGCAUGGCUGUGUCAGGUAUGGUAUUUUUACCCCACCCAUUUUGACGAUACUGCUUGCUUUGCGAGUAGUACCAAUGUGAUAUCAUAUUUAAAUAAACCAAUGCUAACAUUGAAAA